AUGAUGCUCGGCGAAGAGUCCGAAUCAGCCGACUACUGGAAGCAAGCCGGCGACGAAGCCCUCGCCAAUGGCAUCAAAGGCGUAAUCAUGAUGGGCGCACACUGGGACGCAACCGGCGACGCAAUCGAAGUCGCCAUGAACCCCUCCCCAGGCAAAUCCCCAGUAGCCUACGUCCACCCCUCCAAAUACGUCGACUACAAACUCGAAGCCGACCUCCCUACCGGCGAACGCUGCAUGCAAAUGCUCAAGUCCGAAGCCUUCAACGUCCGCCCCAACCCCAAAUUCGAAUGGAUCCACGACACAUACCUCAUCCUCACCCGCAUGUUCCCCCAAAAAUGCCCCCCCCCCACCACCACCAUCGUCUCCAUGAACGCCCGCUUCGACCCUCACUUCCACAUGCGCAUCGGCAGCACGCUCCGCCCGCUCCGCAAAGACGGCUACCUCCUCAUCGGCACCGGCGGAGCCCGCGACAAUUUCGCCCAGGAGACGCCGCCGGACGGCUGGGCGCUGGAGUUUCGACAGAGUGUGGAGGAUUGUGUGAGUAAUAAUCGCGGGCCUGCGUUGAGGAGGGCGGUGACGAGGUUGAUGAAGCAUCCGAGGUAUAGGGAUGCGCAUGCGACGGAUGAUCAUUUCAUGGCGGCGUGCUUUGUGGCGGGCGCGGCGGGGGAUUGGGAGGACGAGGGGGAGGAGGGAGGGGUGUUGAGGGCGGAGACGUGGGAGUUGACGAAUAUGUGUAAUAGUCAGUUUACGAUUGGGGGCUGGGGUGGGUGUGGGGGCUGGGCUGUUGCUGCUCAUUGA